GUUUAAACUUGCGGUACUUCAAAAACAUGGGAAUCAAAAUUGCAUUUUGGAUGUUUGUUUUAAUUAUCGGUUUUUCGCGAAAACUGGUUUGUCUAAAGUACCAUUUCGGGAAAUGUCCUGUGUAUUUCGAAGAACCAUGCAGUCCUUACGCGACGAAAUUCAUUCUAUCGACUGGAAAAGGCGACAACAUCACUUACACCGAUCUGGAUCCUCUCCAGCCGGUGUUGCCCGACGAUUAUAACGUCUUCGUACCGUUGAAAGUGGUCAUCCACGGUUACGGGGGUUUGCGAGCGGAUAUUGCAACGACAAACAUCACCAAAGCCUACCAAGACGUGGGUUACAACGUUAUUAUCGUGGAUUGGGAACCUUUGGCUUCUCUUCCUUGUUACAUAUUUGCUUAUUUAAACACCUGGCACGUAGGCGAGUGCUUAGGAAUGCUUACCAUCAAUCUGGUAUCGUACGGUAUUACCCCAUCACUUACCCAUGUAAUUGGGUUCAGCCUUGGCGCUCACGUUGCAGGAUUCGCAGGAGCUAAUGUCAAGGAUUUAAUAGGAUUGCCGUUUAUGAGGAUAACAGGUCUGGAUCCUGCUUUGCCGUUUUUUGUUACCUUCAAAAACGAAUGGAAAUUGGAUCCUAGUGACGCUAAUUUCGUCGAUAUCAUCCAUACAAGCGCUGGAACGUUCGGAAAACUUGAAGCCCUCGGCGAUGUGGAUUUCUACAUUAACGGAGGUUCAAUCCAACCCUUUUGCUACGAAGCUAAAUAUCCACCCAUUUGCAGUCACAUGCUAUCUGGAUUGUAUUUUGCCGAAUCAAUCCGACGUCCUGGAGGUAUUUUUUUGGGCACGAAAUGCGACAGUGUUGUAAAUUACUACCUUGGAUUCUGCGAAUCCGGUGAUAUUGCCGCUAUGGGAGAAUUCACCCACUUUUCAACAAGAGGACUGUACUUCGUCAAAACUUCCGACAAACCUCCAUUCGCUCUAACUGAAUUAAAACUGUAAUCAA